AUGUUUGCCCGCUUCUCUACUGCCUUCUGUGUUCUCCUUGGUUUGACGUCCCUUGUGGACAUCAACGCUGGGAUAGUACCAGGCAACUAUGCGGAGCUAGUCACAAGAGAUCUCGACCUUGACAAGCGUGCUGGUGUCGUGGGAGUGAUCAACAAUGCAGAGCCGGACCCAGACGAUUAG